AUGUCAGGUCGUGGCAAAACCGGAGGGAAGGGUCGCGCUAAAGCGAAGACUCGCUCUUCUCGGGCUGGUUUGCAGUUUCCUGUGGGGCGUAUCCAUCGGCUCCUACGGAAGGGUCACUAUGCUAUGCGGAUUGGCGCUGGUGCCCCUGUCUACCUAGCGGCAGUGCUAGAAUACCUGACGGCUGAAAUUCUGGAGCUGGCAGGCAACGCUGCCCGAGACAAUAAGAAGACCAGGAUCAUUCCCCGCCACCUUCAGCUCGCUAUCCGCAACGACGAGGAGCUCAAUAAACUGCUGGGAGGGGUUACUAUCGCCCAGGGUGGCGUCCUGCCCAACAUCCAGGCUGUGCUGCUGCCCAAGAAAACGGGACAUCCUAGCAAAGUUUAUACUUAA